AUGAGCACCAGGAGCGUCAUCUUCAAGAAGAUCACCACCGACAAAUCGGUUAGUGUUUACAUGGGUAAAAGGGAUUUUGUGGACAAUGUGAACUCAGUUGAACCAGUUGACGGUGUCCUCCUCAUCGACCCAGGGGCCCUGGAUGGCAGGAAAGCGUUUGUCACGCUGUCCUGCACCUUUCGCUACGGCCGAGACGAUAUGGACGUGAUGGGCAUCGUGUUCAGGAGGGAGAUUUAUGUGUCCACCCGCCAGGUGUACCCCCCUCUCCUGGACCGCGAGCAGGCGGUUCACAGCAAGAUCCAGGGGAAACUGCUGCGCAAGCUUGGUGACAACGCGUACCCCUUCUUCUUCGAGUUUCCUGAUAACCUGCCUUGCUCAGUGGGUUUACAGCCGGGACCCAAUGACUCUGGCAAGCAAUGUGCGGUGGAGUUUGAGAUCCAGGCUUUCAGCGCUGAGAGCCAGGACGCAAAGAUCCGCAAAAGGAGCACCGUGAAGCUGAUGCUCCGGAAGGUUCAGUACGCUCCCGAGACGGACGAGCCGGUCGAGCCGGUGACGAGGAGCCGGGACUUUGUGACGGCCGACAAACCGCUGCACCUGGAGGUCACUCUGGAGAAGGACACCUUCUACCACGGCGAAGCCAUCAACGUAAACGUGAGCGUGACCAACAACUCCAACAAAAACAUCAAGAACAUCAUUGUCUCUGUGGACCAGGUUUCCACAGUGGUUUUAUACUGCAAUGACAGCUAUGUCAAAUCCGUGGCCGUCAAGGAUUCUGGGGAUGCAGUCUCCACUGGAGCAAGUCUCCAAAAGGUCUACACCCUCCUUCCCCUAUUGGCCAACAACAAGGAGAGGCGGGGCAUAGCGCUGGACGGCAAGCUGAAACAUGAGGACACCAACCUGGCAUCCUCAAGCCUCAUCAAAGAAGGUGUUCUGAAGGAGGUGAUGGGGAUCCUGGUCACGUACAGAGUCAUGGUGAAGCUGAUCAUCGGCGGGCUGAUGGGCUCCAGUGAGCAUGGCCUUGAGGUUCCCUUCAAACUGAUGCAUCCUAAACCAGAUGCAGCGAGGGAAAGUGAGCCGGAGGAGGAGCUGGUGUUUGAGGAGUUCAAACGCUCCAACAUGAAGGGGAUGAAGGCCGACAACGACGAAGACGACGGCAACGUGUCCGGGGGGGACGACAUGGCCCCAAAGGAGAAAUAAGCCCCUCCCAAGACAAUAUAAGCCCCUCCCCCUGGGGGAGGACCUUCAUUCCAAAUUAGUGUUCGUUAAAAUGACAGUUCCACCGACCGCUUGUAGUCCAUGGUUGCUUGGUCAUUUGUAGCACUUGCUAAUAAUAAUGUUAACGGGUCGGUCUGUCACUGUAAACGUGCAAAACGUAGGUCUGACUGACUGUUACCGUCAAUAAAUGGUAACUCACUGCUGUCAGACAAUCGUACCUGUUUGUCUUUAUUGUUGAUUUGAUUUUUAUUUCCACAGACAAUUUGAUAAAUUCUUUGUUUGUCAAACAAGGAUUAUUAACCCUGCGUUGAGGAUUUUUAUUUUCCCCGAUCGAAUCAAAGCCUGAAUCCUCCCAGUCUUCCUCCCAUGUCUUCUUUUGUGCUGGUAACCCAGUUUACUUAUGCGCCCUCAUAUUAAGAAAGUAAAAUGCCCUCUAAAAGCCAUUUAUUUUUGUCGUUUGUCGUCGUAUAUAUUCCAUUGACAAAUUUUACAUUUAAAUUCUCCCACAUAUCUUUGACGGUCUAUGGUUCUUGUUAAUGUUCUGUGCAUCCCAUUGGCUGAGGGUCUAAUUAAACUUGAAGGCUGCAAUAAGCAAUGUUUGCUCUCCCUAACUGGCACAUCAAGAGCAAACCUUUGCUCUAUUAGGUUUCGGAUGUUGAUAUUUGUCAGUGUCCAAAAAUAAAAAUGU